GCAGCCAAUCAGGAGGCGAGUUGGGGUUUAAAACCGGGAAAGUUGAAACCAAAACAAGUCCGUUUAUUUACUGAGAGAAACCUGACUAAUCUACAGAGAGAAAACUGCGAUUUAUUGCGAAAUUUCUGCGCUUUAUCGGGGAUUAUCCGCUGUUUGUGAAACACCAUGGAUACCAUGAUUUACCUCGACCAAGAAAACGGCAGGCUCACCGCUCCCAACCUCAAAUCUCGACAGAGGCUUCAGUCUGCACCUGAACAGGUUCUGAAAACUCCUCUACACCUGAAGAGCCGUCUUGGUGGAUCUGUACAGUCGGCCCGUAAAGCUUUGGGAACAGUUAACAAGAUUGUGUCCACCUCAGCAGUCUCUCAGAAAGGUGAAGCGCAGGUUAAACCUGUUGAAGCCCAGCAAUGCAAAGCUCCUUCUCAGCCUGUUGGUGAAGAUUAUCCUGAAAUUGAGAAGUUUUUCCCGUACAACCCCAGUGACUUCGAAGUAUACAGCGUACCAGAGGAAGUCUGCCUCAGUCGCUUCUCAUUGGCCGGUUUGGGGAAACAGCCGUGGCUUCCAGCUUUGCCUGAGGAGGAUUUUGUUAUGAUGGAUUCCUGUUUGCCUCCAUCACCUCUUAAAAUGCCUUCAGAAUCUAGCAAUGAUGACCUGGAAGCAUUCCUAGAAACAAUCAACGGGCUGACUGUGGACCUACCCCCUGAGUGUGACUACUGAGGAGAUUUUAGUUUUUAUUGUUUACUUGUGUUUUUUCUUUUAAUUCUGUUCUGUUGGUUUUAAUAAAUGUGUUUUUUU